CGUCAUCGACCCGCGCCGGCGUUGGCGCUCACUUCCAUCCACACCUCCGACGAGGAGACUCGCGGGUUGGCGGAGCGGCGGCGGAGGAGCGAAGCGCAGCUUUCAACAGGACGACAUGGCUGGGCCUCUGAGAUGCCUCUGGCAGUUGCCUCCCCUACUGCGUUACUCCACUUUGGGGACUGCAAAGCCAUCCCUGCAGGCCCCUCUGAGGGGUCUUUUGCUGCAUGGCUGCCUGGAUAACUGGGCCCACCCACAGAUGGUGCAGGCCAGGCACCUCGCUACCAAGAAAGCCAAAGCUAAAGGGAAAGGAGGGGCUCGUGUGAACAUCAACACCUCUCUUGUUGAGGAGAUCAUUGGCUUGGAUGAGGUGAAUGAGAAAAUGCGUUCUGUAGUCAAAACCCUGCAGGAGGAUUUCAACAAAAACCUGAGCAUCCGCACCUCGCCAGGGGCUCUGGACCACAUCACUGUUGCGACCAAGGAUGGGAAGUUUCCCUUAAGCCAGCUUGGGCAGAUCUCCCUGAAAUCCCCGCAGCUCAUCCUUGUCAACAUGAGCAGCUUUCCAGAGAGCGCAGCUGCAGCUAUCAAGGCGAUCCGAGAGAGCGGAAUGAACCUGAACCCGGAAGCAGAUGGCCUGGUCAUUCGCGUGCCUGUUCCUAUGGUCACCCGCGAGCACAGAGAGAACCUGGUCACUGUGGGAAAGCAGCUGACAAACAGAGCGAAGGAGUCGCUGCGGAGAGUUCGCGCCGAGGCUAUCAGCCAGACAAGGAAGGCCAAAAGCUCCACGUCAGAGGAUACCAUCCGGUUGAUAGAGAAACAGAUCCAGCAAAUGGCAGAGGACACAGUAGCCGAAAUGGAGAAGCUGUUGGCAGCAAAGACAAAAGAGCUGCUUGGUUAGCCUGCUUAUGGAAGAUUUCAAGCCAUCUGUCACCAGGAGGAGUUUUCUACCCAUCACUGGACUCUCACAGCCUCCUGUGUGGCUGCAGCAUUUUGGCUCCCAUCACGUGUGAGGCUCUUUGGAUCGGGUAUACGAUCAUCCCUGCCUACCUCCCUAAGACUUUGGCAUUGGCCAGAAAAAUUGUGUUGGCAACUUUGAGGGCAGCUGGGGCUGAUGAAAUUAAUACGGACAAGGUUGCAGCCCCACUAAAACCUGGCUGACAUAAACACCUAGAGUGGUGGUUCUUGGCAAGAGAGAGAGCGUGCCUGAUCAAAGAGGAUUUUUUUUCCCUGGGAGCGAUCACAUUUUGGAUUGUCGUUAACCGCCUUGGCCAUUCACUCGCUUGCAAACUUUGUCAGAGUGGGAGGAGGCUGCAGAGGCCAGGCGUCGUCACAAACUCACGGGGGAUCUUGUACAUUAAAUAAAGCACCCCAGGGGCUAUGAAGUGUCUCCAUGUGA